GUCAGCCAACGUAUUGAAACCCUCACGUCUCGAAACACAUCCCAAUCAUGGCCGACGAGGACUACAACGCCGAGGAGGCAGCCGGUAUGCUCGCACCGCAAACUCAACAGCGCUCCUUCGCGGACGCCAACAGUGGAUGAAACCCUGUGGACGGGCCACAAAGGGGCGCUGGGAGAUGGACUUAUAGACUGACAUGGGAUACUUGUUGUUACAGAGUUGAAGAGAAAGAGAGCGUUCCGCAAGUUCUCUUACCGCGGCAUCGACCUUGAUGAACUCCUCGAUCUCUCCUCCGAACAACUCCGCGAUGUCGUUCAUGCCCGCGCCCGUCGCAGGUUCAACCGUGGUCUCAAGCGCAAGCCUAUGGGCCUCAUCAAGAAGCUCCGCAAGGCCAAGUCUGAGGCCAAGCCCAACGAGAAGCCGGACACCGUCAAGACGCACCUGCGAGACAUGAUUGUCGUGCCGGAGAUGAUUGGUAGUGUGAUCGGUGUGUACUCGGGCAAGGAGUUCAACACGGUCGAAAUCAAGCCGGAGAUGGUUGGGCAUUACCUAGCCGAGUUCUCCAUCAGUUAUAAGCCGGUUAAGCAUGGUCGGCCGGGUAUUGGUGCUACGCACUCUUCCCGGUUCAUUCCACUCAAGUAAGCGAGCAAAGACGAGGGUCACGAGCCGGCAAAUGGAGGGCUAGCAUGGCAUGAUUCCGGCGUACGGGGUGGCAUCGCUUCAAGAACAUCGACGGACGCAGUGUGGUUGAAUAGCAAUAUGGCAUUGCCACUCACCAUAAGCAAAAUGCUUUCCAUCCAACUCCUUUCAUUCUGACGCCCGCCCCUAAGUUUCCCAAUCUGUCGUUCCAUCACCAUCAGGUUUCUGCU